CCAAUCAGAACACCUUGCUUUUUCCGAACGAUGAGCUUUAUAAAAAUCGACACGUUUCAGAAAGGCGGGGCACAGAGGAGAGACAAUAAUGUACAGUAUGUGGAAAAUAAUGUUUUUGGAACCUUAAGCCGCAUAAAACCAUUGCAUUACACCAAAUACACAAAAUAAUGUUAUUUUUAGCAACGUCAUAUGACCCUUUUAACAGAAGAAACAUACAGGAAAUGCUGUGGUUUGCUGUGUUAAGGGAGGCUUGCCCUUUUACACUGAGUAGUUAGAAAGUUAGUGACACAUUUUCAUUGUUCCACAAUGACAGGCUUCACUGCGAUUCUUUUUGCUACAGCUGUGACUACACUGCACAUCACAGUUGUGGCUGGAGAUGACAUAAUCAAUGGGAAAAAAGCUUUAAAAAAUUCCUUGCAAUACAUGGUCUCAGUGCAGGAAAAUAAAAAACAUAUAUGUGGAGGAUUUCUGAUAUAUCCUCAAUAUGUGCUCACAGCUGCACACUGUGCAAGUGAAGAGAUGACAGUCGUUGUUGGCGACCAUAAUAUUUCUCCAAGCAAAAAUCUAAAAAGAUUUGAUGUUGUUCGCCAAUUUAUACCAAAAACAUUUAAAAACGUUAAGAUGGGAGAUGACGUCAUGCUUCUUAAGAUUUCCAGGAAAGUAGUUUUGGGAGGAAAGGUGAAGACGGUGAAAAUCCCACAUCAACAUUACAGUGUUAAAAGCAAUACCCAGUGCUUGGUUGCUGGAUGGGGUUCCACUAAACAGCCUGAAUUUGUUAAUGACCUUUUGGCCUUGAAUGUAACAACUGUUGACAUCCGAGACUGCAAGGAAGCAUGGAAGAAAUACAAAGAAAACAUCACACGACUUCCACCAAACGUCAUCUGUGCUGGAGGAUAUAAACAGAACAGUGGAGUGUGCUUGGGCGAUUCUGGAGGCCCGUUGGUGUGCAAUUCAGUGGCAGUGGGCAUUGUUUCCUUCAACAUAAAGGAGUGUAAAUAUCCUGAUGUACCGAAUAUCUACACUGAAGUUUGGAAACAUGCACGUUGGAUCAAAGCAAUGAUGAAGAAAAAAUAAACUUAAGAUUUUUGUGUCCACAGCACUUGCAAAUUAUGCUUAAUCAUUCAAUACUGACCAAAUCAAAAAGUUUUGCUGAUGACUUAAUUGUCUCUGUAUUUCCACAAUUUCCACCUCUAUGCAUGAAGAUUGUUGUUUAUGAGAAAAUACGUCUCAAAAUGUCCAUGCUUUCGUGUACAUAAUGGGUUACAUUAAUAACACAUUUACAUAUAGACUUAGUAAAUCAGGGAUGGAUACAUCAGAUGCCUGUGACUGAAUUUUGGUUUGAUACACACAUUUGAAAUUACAUUUUCCAUCAGAAGGGUACAAAAUGAGUACAUUUUCUUCCAGCAAAAGGU